CUGUGGUGUGCGUCAGUAAGUCAAACAUGUUCCAAUAACAGGCUGUAUUAUCUGCUGCUAUUUGCAGUUUGCUGUAACUAGGCGCCUCACUGAGCCCGAGCGAGAGAAAAAAAAACAAACCUGCAGCGCUUCUCUGGAAUGGAAACGAUCUCUGACGGGAUGAUUUCUGCAUGCUACCUGCAAGAAGAAAAGGAGCCUAACCUUUACCCUGGGCAUCCCAAGCACCUUCAUCUAAACUUCAGCUCUAUGAGGGUCUUCUGCUAGGAUUUGUCAGGCGCAACACAGAAAUGGAAAAAAGCCUGAGGUUAUACGUGAAGGUGGUCACAGUGGUUGUGUUACUGGGAGCUGAUCUGAGCCCGCUGGCCUUGAUGGACCACGUCGGAGUCAAAGCCCAGAACAAUGAGAGACGGGUGUUGGCACACAUCCCUGGUGAUAUCAUCAUAGGAGCUCUAUUCUCUGUUCAUCACCAGCCACCUGCAGACAAGGUCCAUGAGCGAAAGUGUGGUGCAGUCCGUGAGCAGUAUGGGAUCCAGAGAGUGGAGGCCAUGAUGCACACUCUGGAUCGAAUUAAUGCCGACCCCACUAUCCUUCCAAAUAUCACCCUGGGCUGUGAGAUCAGAGACUCAUGCUGGCACUCUGCAGUGGCACUGGAACAGAGCAUUGAGUUUAUUCGGGACACGCUCGUGUCCAGCGAUGAAGAGGAGAGCCAGGGCAGAUGCACUGCAGAAGCAGGAAGCUUGCUCCUUCAGGGAAAGAAGCCCAUUGUGGGUCUGAUUGGACCAGGAUCCAGCUCUGUGGCCAUCCAGGUGCAAAAUCUCCUCCAGCUCUUCAACAUCCCACAGAUAGCAUAUUCUGCCACCAGCAUGGAUCUCAGUGACAAGAGCCUGUUCAAAUAUUUCAUGAGGGUGGUGCCUUCAGAUAUGCAGCAGGCCAGAGCCAUGGUGGACAUUGUCAAGAGAUACAACUGGAGCUACGUUUCCGCAAUACACACAGAAGGUAAUUAUGGUGAGAGCGGUAUGGAGGCAUUUAAAGACAUGGCAGCAAAAGAGGGAAUCUGCAUCGCCCACUCAGAUAAGAUAUACAGCAAUGCAGGGGAGCACAACUUUGACAAGCUGCUGCAGAAACUCCGAGCUCAUCUGCCCAAAGCCAGGGUGGUGGCCUGCUUCUGUGAGGGCAUGACAGUCCGAGGCAUCCUGAUGGCCAUGAGACGGCAGCGCCUGGUGGGGGAGUUUCUGCUGGUUGGCAGUGAUGGCUGGGCUGACAGAUAUGAUGUGACCGAUGGCUACGAGAGGGAGGCAGCUGGUGGAAUUACAAUUAAGCUAAAGUCUGCUUAUGUGACCUGGUUCGAUGAUUACUACUUGAACCUGAGGCCAGACGCCAACCAGAGGAACCCCUGGUUCCCCGAGUUCUGGCAGCACCGCUUCCAGUGCAGGCUGAGGGGACAUCCGCAGGAGAACACCAUGUACAAUCGCACCUGCACAUGGAGAGAGUCACUGCGGCAGCACUAUGCACAAGACACCAAGAUGGGCUUUGUCAUAAAUGCUAUCUAUUCAAUGGCUUAUGGUCUGCAUGCCAUGCAGCAAUCACUCUGUCCAGGAUAUAAGGGUUUGUGUGAAUCCAUGCGGCCGAUCGACGGUCGGAAACUGCUGGAUUUCUUGAUGAAAACCAACUUCAUCGGCGUGUCCGGAGAAAACAUCCACUUUGAUCAGAAUGGAGACUCACCUGGCAGGUAUGAAAUCAUGAAUUUCAAGCAGAUGGGUGAGGAUGAAUUCUCUUACAUCCAUGUGGGAAGCUGGGAUCAGGGUGGUCUGAAGAUGAACGAUGAAGAAAUAUGGAGCGAGAACAGCGACAUCAUCCAGUCAGUCUGCUCCGAGCCCUGCCAGAAAGCACAGAUCAAGGUGAUCCGUAAAGGAGAGGUGAGCUGCUGUUGGACCUGCACUCCCUGCAAGGAGAAUGAGUUUGUGUUUGACGAGUACACUUGUCGGGCCUGUGUCCUGGGCUCCUGGCCAACAGAUGAUCUCACCGGCUGUGAGCCAAUCCCGGUGCAGUACGUUCGCUGGGGGGAUCCAGAACCUAUCGCUGCCGUCGUUUUUGCCUGUCUGGGCCUCUUGUCGACACUCUUUGUUACUUCAGUUUUUAUCAAGUUCUGGGACACUCCUGUCGUCAAGUCCUCCAGUCGUGAGCUCUGUUACAUCAUCCUUGCAGGAAUUUGCCUGGGCUACUUGUGCACUUUCAGCCUCAUCGCCAAGCCGCAUAUUAUCUACUGCUACCUCCAGCGCCUGGGAAUCGGCCUGUCGCCUGCUAUGAGCUACUCUGCUCUUGUCACCAAGACCAACCGUAUAGCUCGCAUCCUGGCAGGCAGUAAGAAGAAGAUCUGCACCAAGAAACCACGCUUCAUGUCCGCCUGCGCACAAUUGGUCAUUGCCUUCCUACUGAUCCUUCUGCAGCUGGGGAUUAUUGUGGCUCUGCUUAUCAUAGAGCCACCGCAGGUAAUUCAUGAUUACCCCAGUAUUCGCGAGGUACAUCUGAUCUGCAACCUGACCACUCUGGGGGUGGUGGCGCCGCUGGGCUACAACGGCUUGCUUAUCCUCAGCUGCACCUUUUACGCCUUCAAGACUCGAAACGUCCCUGCCAAUUUUAAUGAGGCCAAGUAUAUUGCCUUCACCAUGUACACUACCUGCAUCAUCUGGCUGGCGUUUGUUCCGAUUUACUUUGGCUCCAACUACAAGAUCAUAACCAUGUGCUUCAGCGUCAGCCUCAGCGCCACAGUGGCUCUCUGCUGCAUGUUCGUCCCCAAGGUGUACAUCAUGCUCGCCAAACCUGAGAAGAAUGUCCGCAGUGCUUUCACCACUUCCACGGUUGUACGCAUGCAUGUCGGCGAUGCCAAGAAAGCUGCUAAGACUGGCAAAUCCUCCAGCAGCAUGGCCAACCUGUUUCGACGGCGUGGCUCCGGCCAGGAAAAUAUAAAUUCCAAUGGGAAAUCGGUAGCGUGGGAACAGAAUGAACGCAGCUACAGACCAAACAUCUGGAAAAGGAUGUCAUUUCACGUGAAAAAGAAGAGCCCGGUGGAGGUUAACCAGACCGCCAUCAUCAAGCCGUUCUCCAAAGAAGGAGACAUCCCCUCUGACAACGGCGCCACUGAGCAGUACGAGGAGCCGCAGGUCUCCCAGUCGUUCGCCUGCUCGCCCUCCCAGUCGCCGUUGCCCAGCGUCAGCCAGCACGCAGGCGGAGUUCCGGGAGAGGAGGACGGCGGGGACGCACAGGCUCUACCGCCCUAUGUUCCGGGUCACCAGGUCAGGAGGAGAGUUGCAGACGGCAGCCAGGAUGCUGGAAUGUUUGACGACGGCGACAUUAGCAUCAUCGGCGUGGGAGACAUCGGUAUCGGGAUGAUCGGAGGCCAGACUCAGGGCGCCACCAUCAUGGACCAGAUCAGCUGCGUUGUUAAUCGUUUCACUGCCAACAUAAGCGAGCUAAACACCAUGAUGCUGCCAGGCGGCGUCGCCGUCGGCGCCUCCUCCGCCGCCGCUCUGCCCGCCGCUGCCGACGGCGCCCCGUGCGCAGCUCAGUACCUCACCCCCAGGAGGAGAGAGGCCUCCUCCACUGUCACCACGUACGCCGAGGUGACGGCCGAUUCCAACUUCUGUGACAAUCGGCAGGCGGGCAAGAUUUACGAGCACCUGGCCGGGACUUGCAUGAGCGGCAGGAGGGCCAAGGAUAUGGAGGAGCUGAUGGCGCUGACGCCUCCCUCGCCGUUCAGAGACUCAUCCCUGAGCUCCAACAGCAGCUCGCCACAAUCCCUCUCCCCGGCCUCCGAGGCCGAAUACGACCAGCUGCUGCUGAGACACUACAGCCAGAGCUCCUCCUCACUAUAAACCCGCUCUCCAAGCAGCGUAGUCUCAUUUUUUGUUCUCUGUUCGGAGUAUUUUAAACUCCAUGAGACAAAGAUUUGAACGGGACCAAACUCGCUGAUGCCUUUUUUCCCCAUGUGGAUAAUAUGAACAUUUAAGCUGUU